AGCUACAAAUAUUAAACCUUUGGAACAAAUUAUAAAUCUUCUUUGAAGCAUCAAAGUGAAACAAUAAAAAAAUUAAUUUGUGAUCAUUCAGUAAUAAUCUCAUUAAUGUGGUCAUAACUGAUUAUACUGUCUUGUUUGCAAUUAAUUCGUGCUUUUAAUGGUAUUUUUUGUGACACUUUUUUGCUCCUUACUGUACUUUUAUAUGACAAAGUUUAAUUGCUCGUACAUAAUAGUUUGUGGUCAGUAUUGAGCGAGAUUUGGCAAGAGUCAGUUGAUGAAAAAUUCCAAAUGGAGAGUUUUGUGCUGAGCCUCGUGGACUUGGUAGUGUUUGUGGUGUCAUUUGGUGUGUCAGUGCUCAUUGGGAUCUACUAUGGAUUUGUGCGGAAGAAGCGUCAGAAUAACCCUACGGAGUACCUCCUGGGAGGUCGUCGGAUGCACGUUGUACCCGUUGCUGCAUCUCUCGUGGCAACACAGCUCUCAGGGCCAUCCCUCUUGGGCAUGCCGGCGGAGAUAUAUGCCUUUGGGACGCAGUAUUGGCUCAUCUUUCUCCCUGCUAUUGCGAUGACGGUUGUGGUUAUCAAAAUUCACCUGGAAGUGUUGUUUGAACAGAGCUCCUUCUCCAGCUUUGCCUACGUGAGUCGUCGAUUUGGGUGGCGCGUGAAGAAGAUGAUGAGUGGAAUUUAUGCUCUGUCAAUCCUCCUCUUCCUCCCGGUGGCCAUUUAUGUUCCCGCCUUGGCACUCAAUCAAAUGGUCGGUAUGAGCAUCCACACGUCUGCCAUAGUGUUGAGCAUUCUCUGCCUCUUCUACACCCUCGUCGGUGGCAUGAGGGCCAUCCUGUGGACGGACACACUCCAAUUGGCAUUGAUGCUGACGGCCACCCUCACAGCCACUGUCCUCGCCAUCUACACAGCUGGGGGUGUUGAGAGGGUGUGGGAGGCGGCAGAUCGAGGUGGUCGAUUAAUUUUCUUCAACAUGGACCCCAGUCCCGUUGUGAGGGUAUCCUUCUGGACAAUAGCAGUGGGGAAUCCAUUUGUCCUGCUUUUCCAUUUGGGCCUCAAUCCCACCAGCAUUCAGCGCUAUAUUUCUCUGCCAAAGAUUGAGGACGCCAAGAUUUGCCUCAUUACCAUGAGUGUGGGCUAUGUUCUCUUCAAUGUACUCUUCCUCAUUACCGGCCUGGCACUGUAUGCAAGCUACGAGACGUGUGAUCCCCUCAAAGUGGGCACUAUUCGGAAGAUCGAUCAAAUCCUGCCGCAUUUUAUUGUAGAACGAGGACGAAACAUUCCGGGAUUGGCGGGAAUUUUUGCUGCUGGAAUUUUCUCAGCAAGCUUGUCGUCCAUGUCGUCGUGCUUGAACACGCUAUCGGGAUGCAUUUAUGAGGAUUUCCUCUCCACCACUUUUGGGCACUUGUCGGAGAAGCACAAGAGUCUCUUGCUUAAGGGGAUUGUUCUGUGUGUGGGGGUGGUGCAGUUGGGGCUUGUCUUUGUCGUUGAUACCCUCGGGGCGGCUGUUUUUCAGCUCACAGUUUCCGUGCUCAGCAUUAGUGGGGGGAUUUCCGUUGGAAUCUUCACUGCGGGCAUGGUACUGCCCAAAAUGAAUGCUCAUGGAGCUUUCAGUGGAGGACUGGCAGCACUACUUGUCGUGGGUGGAAUCUCCGUGGGCGCUCAGAUGCGUCUCAAGGAGCAACCACUGCCCCUCAGGAGCGAUGGAUGCUCCAAUAUAACCAACAUAGCUACGACGACGCCAUUCUCAGAAGCGGAGGAUGACGUGGCGUGGAUAUUUCGCAUAAAUUACAUGUUUUAUGCAUUCGUGGGCUUUAUCCUUGUUCUCGCAAUUGGAUAUCCCGUCAGUGUCCUGACAGGUGAUGGUGAGAGGGUCAAGGAUGAAAAGCUUCUCGCCCCAUUUCUCAGGAGAAAGCACGAACAGCAUCAAGAGUUUCAAUAUAGUGUCGUUAAUAAUGCAAAUAAAAGCUAAAAAUCGUUUAAAAGGAUUUUUAAAUAAUAAUAAUUUUUAUUUUAAUAAAACAAAAUACUUUGAAAAUUCCUAAGGGUUCUAUCCUUAGAGGCAUUUCAGUGUUAACAAACGAUUAAAUAAAUGAGAGUUUACC